CGAAAAAAGGAAAUGAAAUAUCAGGGAUCAACCUUUCAAAUAUACGUUCUCCGUUGGAAGAAGUAACACAGAAUCCGGCUCAUUUCGUUAUAGCGCAAAGAUCGAUUGCGCAGUCCACCCAGCUACUGAUAAGUAAUACCAUCUGAAAACCUCUUUCUCUCUCUCUCGUCGUGACCAUCGUCAAUGGCAGGGAUUCGUUUGCAUCUCGAUGAGUCCGACGCCUCGCAACAGGCGCGGGCAGCAAUUUCUUUGCCCACUGCCGAUCUGGUCUCCGACGAUGACCGCUCUGUCGCCGCCGAUUCUUGGUCCAUCAAGAGUGAUUACGGCAGCACCCUUGACGACGAGCAGCGCCAUGCUGACGCUGCUGAAGCUCUGUCCAAUGCCAACUUCCGAGCCGUCUCGGAUUACAGUUCUGACAAGGAUGAACCUGAUGCUGAGGCAGUUACAUCAAUGCUAGGUUUUCAGAGUUAUUGGGAUUCUGCAUAUGCAGAUGAGCUUGCAAAUUUUCGCGAGCAUGGCCAUGCUGGUGAAGUUUGGUUUGGAGUUGAUGUGAUGGAAAAACUUGUGUUGUGGACCAAAGCCUUGUGCCUUGACAUUUCUCAAGGACGCAUACCUGAUAACGUUGAUGAUAUCAAGUAUGAGCCUACUGAACAGGAUGACAAGUAUUUAUCUAGUUGGAGUGUCCUUGACAUUGGAACCGGCAAUGGUCUGCUUCUCCAAGAACUGGCUAAACAAGGGUUCUCUGAUUUAACUGGUACUGAUUAUAGCGAAGGGGCCAUCAGCCUUUCUCAAAGCCUUGCUGAUCGUGAUGGGUUUUCCAACAUCAAAUUUUUGGUUGAUGAUGUUCUUGAGACAAAGUUGGUACGACAGUUUCAACUUGUAAUGGAUAAAGGGACCCUAGAUGCUAUUGGAUUGCAUCCUGAUGGUCCUGUCAAGAGAAUGAUGUAUUGGGACUCUCUAUUUAAGUUGGUUGCUCCUGGUGGAAUACUAGUAAUCACAUCGUGUAACAGUACAAAAGAUGAACUGGUGCAAGAAGUUGAAAGUUUCAACCAGAGAAAAAUUGCUGCCGCACAGGGGCAUGAAGCAGCUGAGGACGGGCAAUCAGGCAAAGAUCUUCCAUUUCAAUAUAUAAGUCAUAUCCGCACAUAUCCAACCUUCAUGUUUGGAGGCGUGCUUGGCUCCCGUGUCGCCACUGUGGCGUUCCUUCGGAACUGAAGGUUGACGCUCAAAUGAUUGGAGAUUGCAAAAUUUUGGUAAAAUUGUUUGUUUGUGUCAUUGGAUUUUUUUUAAAUAAACAUAUAAUUCUUAGAGGGUUUAUUUGGGAUAGAUUUAAUUAAUUAUAUUAAGUUCAUUUCAUAUCUUAUAUUUCAAGAGAAGUAAACGAUGGAGGCUACAUGAGUGGGCUUAAAAAGGUAAACAAAUGGAUGUUACAUUGUAGGCGUGUAGAAUUUAUGCAUUUC